AUUCCUCAAAUAGCCCCAAUUAGAUGGUUACUCUUAUUUAUCAUUUUUUCCCUAACUUUUAUUUUAUUUAAUAUUUUAAAUUAUUAUAAUUUCUUUAAUAAUAUACCUAAAAUCCCCCAAGCUCAGUCAACAGAUACUUCAACAUCAGCACUUAACUGAAAAUGAUAA